AGUGUGACUCUGUGCCACCAUCUUGUAACUGGCACAGCCCAGAGCUGACGUUAGUGCGUGUGUUCGCUGGUCGAAGGAAAGACCUCUCUGAUUUUAAGAGCAAGCAAAUGAUCACUGUGAAGCAGCUAUGUAUGUUCCCUGGCGGAUUUUGACUCUAAUCUCCACCUGGUGACAGGACCUUGGACAUUUAAUUUCUGUCACCACCUGACUGUUACAGUCCCCCUCACACUCUACGAUACAGACAGUCAUGCCGGAUGCUGCUGAAUAACAAGUAGCAUUGGGGGGAGGGAAACUCCAGUUUUUCUAAACUCCCUUUAAAAGUCUCAGUGUUUGUGUAAGAAUGAGAAACUGAGUGGGGAAACAGUGGAAAGCAAGUGAGACUGAAGGGGCCGAAGUGCUUGUGGUGGUGACGGAAGAGUAGAGCCAUCCUGUUAGUAGGCUGGCAGCACCUGAGGCAGCCAGACCCUGAGGAUGACUAGCCUGUUUAAACGCAGCAGCAGCAAUGGAGGUUCCAGAAGCAGUGGAAGUGGCGGUGGGGGCGGCGGCGGCGGCAGCGGCGGCGGCGGACAGGGGCAGCUCAACAACAGCAGGCCCAACCGACAGGUCCGACGCCUGGAGUUCAACCAGGCCAUGGAGGACUUCAAAACCAUGUUCCCCUCUAUGGACUAUGAGGUGAUUGAGUGCGUGCUGCGCUCCAACAACGGAGCGGUGGACGCCACCAUCGACCAGCUGCUUCAGAUGAGCAUCGAUGGACAAGGCUCAGAUGACAGUUCAGAUUCGGAUGACAGCAUCCCGCCAGAGAUUCUGGAGCGAACACUGGAACCGGAUAGUUCAGAUGAGGAGCCUCCUCCAGUCUACUCUCCACCAACGUAUGAUAUGCACAUUUAUGACAGGAAAUACCCAGAAACCCCACCAACACCCCCACCAAGGUUUGAAGCCCAGCCUCCUCCAGGUCACCAGCAGGUCAGAAGCUACAGGAACUGGAACCCUCCUUUGCUUGGAAACCUCCCGGAUGAUUUCCUGCGGAUUGUGCCGCAGCAGAUAAACAGUACAAAGAGCUCUCAGAGCAGCCUAUCCCAGCCUUCAUCAUCGUCCUCCUCCUCGGUUUCUUCGAUAAGCCAAUGGACCGCCCAGUCUAGUUCUCGGUCUGGAGCCGCAGGGACUGCCGGAGGUUCGGGUUUGACGACGGGCGGUACAGAGCAAGACAAGAAACUGAAGCAGUAUCUGGAAGACGAGCGCAUUGCCCUGUUCCUGCAGAAUGAGGAGUUUAUGAGAGAGUUGCAGCGCAACCGCGAGUUCCUCAUCGCCUUAGAGAGAGAUCGCUUGAAGUAUGAAUCAAAGAAAUCAAAGUCCAGUCAUUCAUCUAGCAUGGAGAAUUCCACAGGAGAGCAGUACUCUGCAGCUUCAAUGGAGGCCGUGUCGGACGACGCCCUGUUCAGAGACAAACUCAAACACAUGGGCAAAUCAACAAGAAAGAAGCUGUUUGAAAUAGCCAGAACGUUCUCAGAGAAGACAAAGAGGAGAAAGUCAAAAAGGAGGACGCUCCUGAAGCACCAUUCACUGGGCACAGCCAACUCUACAGCCAAUCUCCUCGACGACGUAGAGGGAAACCCCUGUGAGGAAGAUGGUCAGCCGAAGAAGGCAAACACUCAGGAAGAGAAUGAACAACGCAACGAGCCAGUAUCAUGAUCCUCUCAUGCUGCACCAUAUCAGGGUUACCGUGGUGACGGCAGCAUGACCCAUGGGUGGUGGCCUUGCAACUCUUCCUUGUUCCCUUUCUGCUCACCCCACCCUAAUCCAAGCCAGCCAGUAUAAGGCUCAGCAAUGAGCUGAGACCUCCCCCUCCCUCCCUCUUCCCAGGGAGAAGAAACGGGCCGUUCCCAGCACUGGGCUGUCAACUGUCUAUAAAUGCAUUAUCUCUGUAUUAUAACACUUUGUUGAUAUAUAAUUUUAAAUGUAAAGGAAAAUGCGUUAGUCCUUACCAGUAUUUGUUAACUGUUUCCUUUAAUCCACUGAGAGGAACACUAGCAUAGUUCUGAUCUUGCCAUAUGAACCUUUGUUACUUUCCCAGUCCUGUACAGUAGCAGACUGUGCAUUUGUGAGUGUGUGUGUGUGUGUGUGUGUGUGUGUGUGUGUGAUCGGGGUCCCUCAGGCUGGGCGUUUCAGAUCCAAAGUGUGCACAUUCCCCUUUAUAUACACUAAACCAUGUAGAGCUUUUGUACCAUGUUUUCUUAACCAGAUUGUAAAAUGUAGCUGUUUCUGAGCGUCAGGGGUCGUGUAUCUGAAACGCUUCAGCGUCAGAAUACUGUGGCCGUUACUGUCAUGGCUGCCCCCCCGUUGUCAACACUUGUCCAUGGCCAUAAUAACCGUGCGAUUACGUUUAAAGGACCGUGUUCUCAGAAGCUGACUGGGACGCUGCAGCGUCUGGAGCAGUUCCAGUUGUUUUUGGUUUUCGUCUGGCAACGUGAAAACAGUGUCACCCAGUCUAUUGUAGCACCACGUAGCAGCACAGUUGCACAGGGACAAAAAAAAAAAAAAAAAGUUGUGAUGUUGUCAGAACAUUAAACAAGGACGACAGACCGCGAACAAACAUGGGCGUCACGCAAAGGAUAACAUGAACUUGCUUUACUAAGUUUCAAAAGGCUAACAGAGUGUGGCUGCAUAACUCUAAGACCAGGGUAUACUUCAAACUAAUUGGUGUCCGACCAAGAGCAGGAGCAUGAUGGGAUUAUAGCUCACACGCGGCAUGACAGCGCAUUUUCAGACAGUGUCUCCCUGAAGGCGUUCACAGGGUCUGACCGGACCGCUCACAUGAACAGUAACAGAACUUAGAGGAGAAGGGAGCGUGACUGGGAUUGUCAGUUUCUCUGAGUUUGAAAAAUGAAACGAUCAGAUGCAGAGUGGGUGUCACACAGUGUUUAACUAUUCAACAAGCACUUUGUGUGAAGCAUCACUGAGGCCUUUAGAGUCAGCUUUCAGUUCUCCGUGGCAGCAUAUGGAUGUCAUACCUGCAGAUUUAUCAGAUCAGUCCAUUUUUUUUUUUUUUCAGUUGCUUUCCUACGCAACAAAAUCAUGACUUCACUGAAAGUCUAUCUGUAAAACUAGCAACUCCCUGAAACACAAAGGAGAUGCUGUUUCAAAAUAAAAGUCAUCACAUUCGGUCCACUUCAGAGCAAACGCUGACACAUUUCUUCCAGAUGUCAACAUCUACCUCCUCCUACCCAUAAGCCCUCAGCAUUCUUAAGCUCAAGUCCUGUUGGUUUGCAUGAUGUUUCCGGUCCGGGCCACAUCCAGACAAACUUUGCUAAUAUUCUGCCAGGUUUCCACAACACUUGCAUCAAACCUAAAGGACUUUUUUUUUUUUUGCAAGAUGUUAAGGAAAUCCAAAUCACCGCUCAGAAAAACUUUGCCCUAUCUCAGGUUUUCCCUGUUUGAUCACGUCACAGAAUUAACGCUUGUGAUUUCCACGUCUGUUAUCGGAGGGUAACACAUCUGAAAUGUGACUGGAUACUCACCCUGCAAAGACUCGCUCUGAAAGGGAAGACUGGAAUUGGACAAAAUGAAAACACAAAACACGCCUGUGAGGUUUUGAUCCACCCCUCCCUAUACUGUGCUUUUCAUUUGUGUGUGUAGAUGUGAAACUAGCAUGGAUUAGAGAUUUAGUACAAGUCUGAUGUAGCCCGUGUGAAGAAGAAGAAGGUAUUAGUAGAGGAAUUCAGAAGGAAUGUGUGUUGUAAAUUUCCAGUGAAAGACUUCCUAGAAAACUGCCUGAUUUUUAAGCUCUUGACAGAUGACAUGAAUUAACUUUCAGUCUGUGAAAGAAACUUUCUUCCUCUGUACAUGAAAUGUUUUUCUCAUCACUUCAGAAAAUUUUUGGAUUCCCCCCCUAAAUUUGUGUCAUUGUUCCUCACUGAUUAAAAAUACUUCAACGUGC